CGUAGCGAGCGGAUGCGUUUGGGGACGAACUCCGCGUGUUUAUCCUGCGAUAGCGAUUUAUUUGGAAGGGGGUUCGCCCAGUCGAUUGGACGCACGCACGCAUUCGGCAUCUUUCGCCGCAAGGUCGGGCUUUUGUGCACGGGUAUUCGGGACGAUGCAAUUUUCGGCUGUCUCCGGGGCCGAAGGUGUGUUUAUCGAGUGAUGAUUGAUUGAUUCGGUUGCGGUGUCAACGUUUCGAAUUUGUGAGUGGUGGACUUCACGAGAGUUUACGGUGGAAAUUUGAAUCGAAGUUCAAGGAUCAGUGUGUAGAUUCGGAAGCGUCUAUUCCGGGUGGGUGGAAUCCUUUUGGGUGGGAGUGCAAAGGAUGUGAGUUUUAGAGAGUGAGUUUUCCUGUUGCCAGAAUUUUUGGGAAAUCAACAGAGAAUCGUCGCCGGUUUGGAACCGUGGAGAGUGCUCUCUUUCUCUUUCCUAGGAUCGGAUUCGUUUUUUUCUUCUGGAAAGCCUACCUUCAGGGGAGUACAAAGCUAAUUAUUGCACAUCGUUCGAGGGCAGCGGAAAAGUGAAGAAGCGCGCGCAAAAAGCCGCAUUUUCCGGUGGAAAAGUGCUGUGGGAGUUACAAUUCCCUUUGCUUGGUGGUGUCUUGUGUUAUAUUGUGCUGUUAAUCGAGCUACAAACGGGUGACUGGGAGAAGAAAAGAGGCGCUGGAGUGAAUUUGAAAAGUUUCAUUACGGAUGCCGCCUUCCUGAAUAACUUGAGGUGUUAACUAGGAAACGUGUGGGUGUUGCAGCUUUUGGGUGAAAUCAACCCUUUGAGGAGAAUUCUAGGAAGCUUCAGUCGGUUGAUCAGAACUUGCGGUAAAAAAUUCGGAUUAAAUCCUGUUUGGUGAAAAAGGUCAGAACGAGGGUUUCGUAAUAUUAACUACUAAGUGAAUGUAACAGGAUUAUCCGGGAUAACAUUUUCUCAGAAAGUUAGCCGGAAAAACGUAGAAAAAAAAGCAAAAUUAAUAACAGAGGCUUAUGUUGGGAUGUAGGUAAGCCCGGCUUUUCGGCCUCCAUGAAUCCCAUACAGUCCGUAUUGCUGUUUUCGGCGAAUUGUUGUGACCUUCAGUUUAUCGAUUUCCAGUUUGGCCGCAGUAUUUUUCCUGAAUGUGCAUCGUAGGCAAAACGAGGAAGCAAUUCAAGAAAAUAAAACAAUGUCAACAACUUCUCCCCUCGUCAUUUUUUCGAGUGAAAUUUAAUCCUCUCGAAAGCCGUUAAUGGGAAUUUUAAAAAUAAAAUCAACAGUACAAGCGCUCAUCAUCCAGUCCAUUAUCAACCCCAGACUACAAAGUAAUUAAAGUGCAUAAAUUUCCGCAAAUUGAGCUGAAACAACAAAUAAAAAUCUUCAUUUUUUCAACUGUAAGAGUGUGGGAACAAAUCCUCUUCUCUCUUUAAAAUCAAUACCAAUUUAUUGAAAAUAAAAUUGUUGUUCCAAGCCCAAAGAGGAGGCAAAAAAAGUUAUCAGUGAAAUUUCGUGUUUGCAUAUUCGUCCAUUUGGUGUGAUCGACAGUGAAUGUGCUUUUUUACGUCGAUGUGUGCAAAAUAAACAGCCCAUCCAUCGUGAAUUUCAAAUAAAAGAGGGAAAAGUAAUACCAAUAUUGUGCAUCUGCCGGGGAUCCAUAUAUGUUUUUCCUCAAAUAAAAAAAAAGUUACAACCCUGUGCAAAAAGAUAACCUACGGUGAAAAGUUGGGAAGUUGUACCUUUGUAAAAUAAAAAAAUAGAAGAAAAAAUAGAAUACAGGUGCAUUUGGUGCUGCAUUGAAUCGGGAAGCAACAAAAAAAAAAGGAAUAAUUUUCACUCGACUGCACCAGCAGCAGCCCAGCUCAACCAUAUGGAUUAUUUUGCCAUUUCGACUGUGCCGGACAGCGCCCGUCGAGGUAUUCGUGAAAAAAUAAAGAAAAACCUGGCGAAUUGGAUGCAGUUCGGAUUGUGAAUUUCAAUUUCUGCGGCAACAUCGGUGGAAUAUUUUAGCCUCGAAUCUGUUUGUUUACAGCAGAGUGGCUGCGGUCUGCUGGUUUCGGUCAUCAAAACCCUCGACGCAAGCGAAACCAACGAGCAGCGGGAGCGGGAGAAGCUUAAAAUCGAAAAGGAGUUCCGGAAGACCGAUCAGCGUCUCAAUGAGCUGGUUUCGCGGAACGAUGGAGACCUCACCCGGGUUAUGCAACUGUUCGGCAAGGUCUCGGUACAGGUGACCAGCUCUAGGGAACGGAUUCACGUCGUGAAGGAGAACUUACAAAGCUGCAAACAGUUGUUACGUUGCCGAAGAGAGGAACUAAAGAAGCUCUACACCGAUGCCAUCCAGCACAAGUGUGUGCUGGAGAUGUUGGAUCAGGUUAAUGAACUGCGUCGUACUCCUCAACAACUAGCAUCGUUUAUGGCCAAGAAGCACUAUCUCCAUGCAACGAAACUGCUAAGAACAUCGGUUGAAUCCAUUGAAGGCCCGCUGAAAGACGUUGAAGGGCUACAGGAUUUGAGACAGGAUCUGCAAGCUAAACGUCACCAUCUGUAUAGCAAACUUUUGGAAGAACUGAACAAGCAUCUUUACGUUUCCAGUACCGAUGGGGUGUUGCAAAGCUUCCAGCGUCAGAGCUCCGGGAGGAACAGUCAUUCUGCUGCGGCUGGGGCUUCUCCAUUUCAGCGCAAUGUGCUGAGACGAUCGGCCGAAAGAGUGGAAGCCAACACCAAGGCUCGGAAGGCGCUUUUUGAGAUUGCUCAGAAUGGCUACAUGGACGUGGACAAGAGUGAAAUCAUCGAGGACACGGAUCUGCUGGACCCGGACGUUAAUUCUACUUACUUCAUCGGAAUCAUAAUCGAGUGCUUUGCGCUGCUUAAUAAAGUGCCUGACUCCAUAGAGUCUCUAAGAACCCACAUGCAAAGUGAACUGCUUGCGAUAGUGACCAAAUCGACGCAUCACAUCGUUACGGUCAGCCAGCAGCAGCACCCACAAAACCACGCUCAAGGUGCGAAUGCCUCGGAAGACCUUCCGGAACAGAAGAUCCCCAUUUUGGAACUGCUGGAUUUGGUCUUCAAACAGUUCAAGCUGAUCGCCAACGCUCAUCAGCUGACGCUGAAGAACUACCACAACGUGAUGCACCGGUACAAUCUACCGCAAGUGAAGGCCUAUGAUCUGAUCGAGUACUGGGGCCAGGCGCAGGCCGUUUUGAAACUCGUUCUCACCGACUAUCUGGACAUUCAGAAUGAUAGCAGUGAUGAGCUGAUGCGCACACAAUUCACCGAACAAACAACAAAUAUCAAUACGUUCUUCAGCCGGCGGAAGGUGCAGGGAAAGAAGUUGUUGUUUAAGUUCGAUAAGUCUUCACAUACGGUUGAUGUGGAGCCUAGUACAGGGUCUAAGGAACAUCGGAGAAACCCUUCGAAUGUCUCAAACAGUACCGGGAAGGAACAGGAUCUGUUGAAUCAUACGGGUCCUAAUGGAUCGAAUCUAUUGAAUUCGAGCUUCAACAAGCAUCAUCCGAGUGCUGUCGGUGUCCAUGAUAAGAAGAAGCAGGAACGGCAGCUGGUGUGUACUCCGGAUGCUGCCUUGGUUAGGAAUAUCUAUUUGCCGAUGAUGGGCUACAUUCAUGAAAUUGAAAGCUUCAUGAAGUGCAAGUCGGGUCAAUUAUGUAGUUUGAAUACGUUCCUUGCCAAUUACGUUAAGGACGCGUAUUUAGCGCGUGGCCACAACAGAAACUUACAGCUUACGAUAGAUUCGUUGUCGAAAACUCAGGACGCCUGGCGGACGAUUAUCACACCGGAGGAAAUGAAACGACUUGGUUUGGCGAGACCAUUGUUGCAGAACACAGUUCUCGUCGAAAGCCGUAUCUCCGAAACAAAGAAACUCAUCGAAGAUCUGCCAACGUACUCGGACGAGCUUCUGAAGAUGGUUUGUUCCCUGUUGAAGACUUACCGGGAAACGUGUCAGGCUGCCUACCGUGGAAUCGUUCAGCCGGAAACCGAGGACAAACGAAUCUAUAGCGUUGCGUGGCUCAAGGAUGACGACAUUAUGCGGUUUCUGAAAUCCCUACCCAACUGGACUGAUCUGAUCAACGCCCGGCUCCGACAAGCUUCCCAAAAACGAGGGAUGAAGGCUGAACCGUCAGAGGAGGAAAGUCCGACGGCCGUGCAGCAGCGAAACAUUCGGGAGGCCGAAAUGUUGACUAGCAACCUAGGCGAAGGAGGAAUUUCGCAACAGGAAAUCCUGUCCGACGUUGGUGUCCUCAAGGAGCUGGCCAUACUGCAGGAAAGUAUGGAAUGGUUCGCCGGACGGAUAACUGAUUUUGCUAGCGAUCUACGCAAACCGAUCGCUAACGGGUUGAUGGGAAGUGGUGGCGUUGGAUCUUCGCCAGUUGUCGUGAAGGACGGUAUGAUUAAGGUGCUGAUGAAUUUGGCGCUGGAGUUUGAGGAACUGGCAAAUACGUGUUUACUGGUGUUACACCUGGAGGUUCGAGUUCAGUGCUUCCAUUAUCUGAAAUCUAACCCAUCGGAUAAGUUUAAGGCAAACAACCCGAACAAAAACGACUCACUGGAGCCGGACGCCAAGGUGUUGAAGCUCACGAAGGUGCUCUCCGAUAUGGACGAAGCCUUGAGUUCGACGCUGCAUCCUCGAAAGACCAAGUACGUCUUUGAAGGGCUUGCUCACUUAGCAUCCCGGAUUCUAGUUAUGGCGGCCAAUUCGAUGGAAGCAAUCGAUCAUCCCGGGGUCCAAAGAAUGUGUAGGAAUGCGUUGGCUUUGCAGCAGACACUGAGCAGCAUAACAGCUUCCCGAGAAGUGGCCCUGGACUAUGCAAGGUCGUUCUACGAAAUGUUCUACCUGGAACCGGACGAAAUCCUGACAUCGAUCAUAGAGAAAGGUUCCCAGUUCACCGAGAUGCAAUACUUGAACGCGCUCCAUCUGGUGUGCAAAAAUCGCGGUAUCAGUGACCAAAACACCUUGGCUAUGUACCAGCAAAAGCUGUGCGACGUUCUGGGAAACAAACCGGGCCUUGGUGUUACGGUCUAAUGUUUCUUUUUUUUUAAUCUAAAAAAUGAAAAAGCCGGUUCUAGUGAAGCUGCAAUGAUUGCUGCAUCUACGUUUUAGUGCUUUAGGAAGUCCCAGGGGAAUGCUGUUCAAAUGGAUGGUACUAAAUUUGCAGAAAUACGCUACCACAAGUAAACAAUAAAAACAUAAAAGUUUAACGUUGCAUAAUAGAUUGGUCGUAAAGCGUUAAAAGUAGCAUGUUGUUAACGAAAAAUUGUUGAUGAUAAAAAUAUUAUUCACGAUAUCAAAAGGAAAGACUCAUCAAAACUAAUCCCGUUUAUCAGUAGAAAAACAAAUAAGAUAUAAAAUGUUCCAGGUUCCAAAUAAUGUGAGAAAAAAGCAUAUUGCCGACCACAAUAAGAUAAAAGCUGUAAAUUAGUUAUUAAUUCUGUGAAAUGCGCGAAGAACGAAGAAAAGUAUCUAAGCUAAUGACAAAAUCGUGUUCAUCAUUUAGAAAAGUUAUCUACUAGGCGAAAGUGAAUCUUGUGCUGUAUAACUGAAAAAAUAAACUCAUACUAAAAAAAACUAAAGAAAAUACAUGAAUUGUUCAACCCUUAGCGCAAACGACAUCAGUUAGAAACUGAUUGCCUUUAUGCGAUUUGGUUGAUAUUUUAGGUGACCCAGCCGAGAGAAUAAAAAAAUUAUUUAUUCCUGUUCUAUAGCGCAUAGCUGGAACCAGUCGCUUCGCUCACUGUACUAACAAUACCAAGCAUUGCGUUUUACUCCUCUGAAAACAAGACAGAUUAAGAAAAAAGGGGGUAACCUUACCGAACAAUAUGAUUAUUUGUAGGAUCCUAACCAAUGUUGAAAUAAAAUUAACUAAGAUUACAAAAA